AUGGCGACUACGCAACCCACUGCACCACUCAAAUUCGAUGGCGCCGGCCAUCUCACCACUCGUCUCGUCCUUGCGACCUUGACCGGUCGCCCCGUCCGCAUUUCCCAAAUUCGCGCAUCGUCUCACACAAAUCCUGGUCUUGCACCGCACGAGGUCUCCUUUCUCCGACUGCUAGAUGCCGUCACAAAUGGUUCUGCCAUCGAGUUCUCCAUGACCGGUACGACACUAGUAUACAAACCAGGUCUCAUCGUGGGAAGUGCUGCGGGCUACGGCGCAAGUGGCGGCGUGAUCAAGCAUGAGCUCCCUAGAGACUGCGCCAGGGGUGUCAGUUGGUUCCUCAUACCUUUGUGCAUGCUUGCCGCCUUCUCCAAAGCACAGGUCAAUGUCAUUUUCACUGGUCCCGGUGUCAUCACCAGUGCGACCGACAAAGGCGACGUCAGCGUGGAUACUGUCCGGACGGCCAUCCUCCCUCUGUACAAGAACUUUGGUAUUCAGAACAACAUCGAGCUCCGAGUAUUGAAGCGAUCAAAUCCUGGACCCAGUGGAAGAGGUGGUGGUGGUGAGGUGCAGCUUGUCUUUGGUCACCAAGUCAGACUGCCAAAGACGAUACACAUCAUGAACCCCGGCAGAGUCAAGAGGAUACGCGGUGUCGCAUACGCAACUGGAGUAGCUGGCGCAAACAAUGCCAGAAUGAUUGACACGGCUCGUGGCGUGCUCAAUCAAUUCGUCGCAGACACGUACAUUUUCUCGGACGUCUCCUCAGCACCUCUGAUUCCAGCUCCGGAACGGAACAAUGCUGCUGCGAAGAAAAAGAUUGGAGUUGGUUUCGGCCUGAGUUUGGUUGCAGAGUCAAACACUGGUGCAUUGUACUCGGCAGAUGUGGCUAGCUCAGCGGCAGGUGGUGAAGCACCAGAGGACAUCGGCAAAGCUUGCGCAUACCAACUACUCGAGAGUAUCUCGCAAGCAGGAUGCGCAUCGAUCGUGGCAGCUCCGACCAUGUUGACGCUAAUGGCCAUGGGGAGCGAAGAUGUCGGAAGACUGGUCUUAGGCAAAGACAUUCUGGGUACUGACGAGGUUGUGCAGCUGGCACGAGAUCUCCGAGUCUUUGGCAUGAGCGGCUGGGGCCUGAGAGAUGGCAGCAACGCGGGAGAUGUGGUCGUCAGCAUUGUCGGACGCGGUGUGGGUAACGUGGGAAGGAAAAUUGCAUAG